CCUGUCUCGCUCUUUCUCCCAACAGGCAGUUUCCCAGAUGCUUAUGGCUUACCUCUCCCGUUUCUCAGCGAUCGCUGAUAAUAAGAUCAACUGUGGGCCAGCCCUCACAUGGAUGGAGGUUGACAACAAAGGGAAUCAUCUGCUGGUGCAUGAGGAGUCAUCCAUAAAUGUUCCAGCUAUCGCAGCGGCCCAUGUGAUCAAGCGCUACAUCGCCCAGGCAGCUGAUGAACUGUCAUUUGAGGUGGGGGAUAUUGUUUCUGUAAUAGACAUGCCACCCAAAGAGGACACCACCUGGUGGAGAGGAAAACAUGGUUUCCAGGUUGGCUUCUUUCCCAGUGAGUGUGUGGAGCUGAUAAACGACAAGGUCCCACAGUCUGUUACCAACUCAGUGCCAAAACCAGCAUCCCCCUGCUCUGGUCUGCGGCCGGCCUCCUGGAGUCUGUUCCCACCCUAUUUGGAGAUGGAGAGUGUAAAGCAGGACAGUGCAUGGGCACCCGACCCAUUUAAUCCCUACAGGCUGAACUCAGUGUCCAAGAAACACGGGAAACUGAUCACUUUUCUGCGCACAUUCAUGAAGUCCAGGCCAACCAAGCAGAAGCUGAAGCAAAGAGGUAUCCUCAGGGAGAGGGUGUUUGGCUGUGACCUAGGAGAACAUCUCCUCAACUCCGGCCAUGACGUCCCCCAGGUACUCAAGAGCUGCACCGAGUUCAUUGAGAAGCACGGAGUGGUUGAUGGAAUGUACCGUCUCUCUGGGAUUGCCUCCAACAUUCAGAAGCUGCGGCAUGAAUUUGACUCUGAACAGAUCCCAGAUCUAACAAAAGAUGUUUACAUUCAAGACAUACACUGCGUUGGCUCCCUGUGCAAGCUUUACUUUCGAGAGCUUCCCAACCCACUUCUCACCUACCAGCUGUAUGAAAAAUUCUCGGAGGCUGUGUCAGCAGCCACAGACGAGGAGAGGCUGAUCAAAAUACAUGAUGUCAUUCAGCAGCUGCCGCCUCCGCACUAUAGGACUCUUGAGUUUCUUAUGAGGCAUCUUUCACACUUGGCAACCUUCAGCUAUGUAACCAACAUGCAUACGAAGAAUUUGGCCAUCGUUUGGGCCCCCAACUUAUUGAGGUCAAAGCAAAUAGAAUCAGCUUGCUUCAGCGGCACAGCAGCCUUCAUGGAGGUGCGAAUACAGUCUGUUGUGGUGGAGUUUAUUCUCAACCAUGUGGAUGUUCUCUUCAGCCCCAAACUGAGCUCACUCAUACGAGAGGGAACAGGUAAGCAAUAUGGACAGAUUUCAACAUAUUUUAAAUUACUUGCACUUCUAUAUAUUCAUCACAGAUUUUUUGUCUUUGUAGGACACAACUCUUUGUCUCGGCCUAAAUCUUUGCUGGUACCCUCUCCAUCCACAAAGCUGCUAACACUAGAAGAGGCACAGGCACGUACUCAGGCCCAGAUCAACUCACCCAUCACUGCAGACAGCAAGUACAUCGAGGUGGGAGAGGGUCCUGCAGCCUUACAGGGAAAAUUCCACACGGUCAUUGAAUUCCCUACUGAGAGGAAAAGACAGCCAAUAAAGUCUAAAAAGUCUCCAGUUGGCAGUUGGCGGUCUUUUUUCAACUUGGGCAAGUCUUCCUCAAUGUCUAAAAGAAAACUACACCGCAAUCCCAGUGAACCAAACGAACUCAAAGCCAUGGCAUUGGCUGGAGGAAGAGGAGACACCGGUACUCUUCGGUCUGCCAAAAGUGAGGAGUCUCUCACCUCUUUACAUAACGUUGAAGGAGAGUCUAAGGUGUACAGGCCACGCAGACCUCGCUCCAGCAGCGAUGCUCUCUCUGCUUCCUUCAAUGGUGGCCUGCUGGAUAGCAGACAACAUUGUAACUCAUAUGACAACCUGGGCCAAGGGGACAGUGAUGGGGAUGAUGGACCAAUCUCUGUGCCUGCUCUCAUCUCCCCGCCACGUUCCGCUGACGAUGUGGACCUGAGCCCCCCCGACAUUGGCAUGGCCUCUUUAGACUUUGACCCCAUGUCUUUCCAGUGUAGCCUUCCUCUGGCAGAGACUUCCAUUUUCUCACUUGACACAGAUGAAAACAGUCUGAAGAGGAGCCCGGGCAGUGCCAGUGGCUCAGAGCCAGUCUCGCCAGUCAGAGCUAAAGUUACGAGUCAUUCUGUGUCUCCAGACCACAGUCCAGCCUUAGAGGAUAGAAAUAAACUGCCCCCUGCAUCUUUCUCAGAGAAAGCACCAGUUCAAUCCCAUGAGAGCAGUGAGAAGUCAGCUGUUGUGACUCCUCUAAGCAUCUCUGAUUCGGCUGCAUCCAUAAGGAAAGCACCAGAGAGCACUGUACUUCAGCCCUCUUCCCCUCCAUCUCCACUCGACUCUCCUGCAAAAUUGAGCUCUCUGUCAAGAUCCACCGAUCUGCCCCUGAGUGAAGCCAUUCAACAAGAGCUUCUUUCUAAAGCUGCUACCUUUGAGAGUAAAGAGAGUAAAGGCAUAUCAAGCAUUGAAUGUUCACAGCCAAAACAGGUCACCUGCUCUCAAGAUCAGCCAGGAGCCGUAGCUCUGGACUCGCCAAAGGGCAAUGUCCCUGUCAGCUCUGUGCCCCUCAUACCUCCCCCUCCCCCACCAAAGAACGCUGCCCGCAUGCUUGCUCUAGCUUUAGCUGAAUCUGCCCAGCAGGCCUCUAUUCUCUCUCAGAGGCAAUCCUCUGGACCCCCUACACCAGUGUCCCCCGUUAAGCCACAAGAGUUUCUGGAGACCAUGGACUGGCCUCCUCCUCUUUCCUUGCCAUCACAGCCAUCCCUGGAGGAAGCUGCAGUCGAAGCAUCAAAGAGAUCUGCUCCUAUGUCUUCACCACCCUCCACCCCAACUGAAAAGUUAAACUGCUCUGUCAGUCUGCACCUCAACACAGCUGAGAGCGGGAAACCAUCCAGCAUUUCAUGCAAUAGCCAGGAUGUUAUCUCUCCAGAGACCCCAAGCCACAGUGCUAUGCCUAUUCAAGUUUCCCAAACACAAAAAAGCCCAGAAAGGCAGCAGCCAGCUGUGGGCCAGACGCCUGUGAGCACAGACAAAACCACUACCACAAUCACCACACCAGCUAUCAGCAGUAAGGAUACUGUCAUUCAGCAACCCAGCUCUGAGAUCCAUAUGACUGAAAUGGUUAUACCACCAAAACCCAUAAAGAUGCCAGAUCAGCCAAUUGCAAUUCUCCAGCCUCAGCCACAAAUACAGACUCAACCUCAUGCAGCCAUUCGGUCUCAGCCUCAAGUUCAGUCUCAUUCUCAGUCACAAGCACAGCCGCAGUUUCAGCCUAAAUCUCAGCCCAAUGCUAGAGUUGCACCAACCCCUGCAGCACCUCUUGAACCUGUGGAAAAACCAUGGGAAGCCAUAAAGCCUGUCCAUCCAAAAGCAGAUUGUGUUCCUCAACACCAUACUCAGGGAGUGACACCGCCAACACCCCCAGUUCGUUCUAUUGAAAGUAAAUUAGCAAUGGCUGCUCUCUGCAACACUGAGACUGGAAACCCCGCCAACUUACAUGCCAUCUUAGAAGCAUCAAUGAAAGGCUCAGUGGAGGAGACUCCCCCGCAAUCUCAUCCAUCUCACCGUAGGGCUUCCACUCACCAGUCAGGUUACAUUUACCACUCAAAAGGGGAUCCUGCCCUACUGGAGCCCACCACAGAGGCGUAUUACCAUCAGCGGGUAUCCCCUUCAGGUCAGGCUACGAUGGCAUACCAUUACAGACCAGAAAGUGUUCCACCACACGUUUCUUAUGUGUCGAAAUCAGAGCCACAGAUCUCCUAUAGAGGCCCCGGUGAUGGCCGAUACAAUACGAUUGGACCUAGGUCCUACCACCAGUCUAUCAAAUCACAUGGCCCUCUGAGAAGUGAAUACAUUUCUCCAGGCUCACUGCACCACUCCCAUGGCUACAACCAAUUAGAUGGACCAACCGUGUACCCAACAAUCCGCAGGGUCCACUCCCUACAUGUGCCUCCUACCGCUAUCCGCUCAACGCCAGUCACCAGAACCGAGGUUCCACCAGAUGAUGAGUUAUUUUACUACCAGCGCCCAGUCUACCACUGCAAGUCUCACCAACCAGCCUCUCAAGCUGACUACCACGUCACACAACUACAGCCUUAUUUUGAGAAUGGAAGAGUUCAGUACCGCUAUAGCCCCUACUCUGGCUCUCAUGUUCUGGAUGCCCCUUUCUACGAUGUGGACCAUUACGGUACGAUCCGCUUACGGCAUGUCCAUUCCUUUAGCGGUCGGGAUAGUGCCCCUCUCCUUCGGUCUGCAGCCAAAUCUGGAGCCUACCACUACCUUUCAAGGCAUUUCAUUCCUUUAAAGGAGCAUGGCUUCGUAAGCAGAGACAUACCUCCUUACGGUGGUUCAAAAGGGAGUGUUUACUUUGCAUGGGAUCCAGACGAAGCAGAGAGGCUUCGCAUGCACUCUAUCCGCAGGGAAAGCCGUGCGAGACAAAAGGUGAAGGGUUCUGUUAUGUCUCAGUAUGACAACAUAGGACCCUACAUGCCAAUGGAUAUAGACAUGUUACACAUGCGCAGCAAAUCAGAUUCCGGCAAAACUGUAUUGAUGGCAGCUGAGAGCAAGGAAGCCAGAUAUAAUAUCAAUCCUGGAUCUCAGCAUGCUUCCAUGCACUUGAUCUCCGAUCCAGAUGUCCUGAUGUAUAUGGAAACAGAGAAGCACUGUCAAGGAAAUGGGAUGGGGGAUAAGACCACCAAACAAGGCAGCUCCAGGACCUACUCGUCCAUCCAUUCACAUCAAUCGCAACUUCCACCACGAAGCCUGCAGCACUUACCAGAGGGUGGCUAUCAUGACCUGAAGUUUGAACCUGGGGAAAAGCAACCGAGCAGUAAACAUUGGCAGGAACACUCUGAGAGCAGGACCGCCCAACCUCGUUACGAAAGGUCAGAUUUGGAUCGCCACAUAUGCAGGGUUAAAGCCACGAGCAGUGCCAGUGAAGAUGAACAAGCAGUUCCUGUGAAGCCAGCUCCUCCACCCAAGCCAGAGAGAUCCCAUAGCGUUAGAGAACGACAGCAUUACAACCAAUCCAGUCUUCCCUCACAUCUACCAGACAAUUCAGACCAUAGUGGAUCCUACUCUCAUCAGUCACAAGCACAAAGUCAAAGUAACAUCACUUUUCAGUCACACUAUGACAACCUGGAUGACUACCAUCCGGUACCUCAGUCCCAAACCUCACUAUCAAAUCCGGGUGGUUCCAGCUCCUAUCACAGCCCUGGUUUCUCAACUCCACAUAGUAAUCUUGCAUACUCCACUGCAUUGGGACAGGGCGCCUUCAUACAGGCUGAGCUUUCAGUGCGGAGGCCAGAGACAGAGAUUAAUGCUGAGUAAACAGGCAUUUAAUGACAAAUAAGAUUAUUGUAGGUAUCAAUAAUUCACUUCCAAGUUUAGCAUCCUCUGCGGGACAGUGGACUGCCUUCUGACUGUUAACAUUCAGUUUUCUUUUUUUUUCUUUUUUAUGUACAAAGAAAUGUAAAAGACUUUUUACUGAACUGAAUGUACCAUAAUUUCAUCAGUUGUUUAAACAUUGUGACAUGGAAAUAUAACUUGUUAUAUGCUGUAGAUAUCCUGUGAAUUUGACAAAUGGUACAUGAACCAUAACCAGAUGAGUUAUGUGUAUCUGAGAAGAACUACUGGAUAUAAGG